AUGGAUCCCGCAGAAGCACCUGACGCGGCAUGGUUGCAGCGACAUUCGCGCUAUUUCCGAUCCUCGAUAGGGGACACUCCAGUUGGCCAUUCCGAUGUAUCAGUUGCAAACUCCAUCGUCGUGGAACAGCCGAACAGCGCCACCGGAAGGACUUUGCUAGCUAAUCAACAGUUCCCCGAUAGUCGAUCACAUGGCGACUCACUACAUGGAUCCUACCACUCACCCUAUACUUACCCCUCUGGAACUAUAGAUCCCAGUCACCUCAAUGCCCAUUUCUUGCAUACAAGGCUUCGCUCAUUCAUCCAUGACGGUUUCACAGCUAAUAGCCCCAUCGUCCACGAAGGUUUCAUUCCUGCCCCUGGUCACGAAAAUGAUGAUGAUUUUGACGACCUCAAUUCGUCUCUAGCCACCGGCUAUCGGAAUUCCUUGUUGCAGAAAUACGAUGAUCAAGAUAGCAGUGAUGAAGACGAAGCAGACUUAGAGGCACAGGAGGAGCGCCUGAUGCGAGAAAUUGAACGCAAGAAUGAUAAUCCAGAAAUUGAUCAGGACUACGCAACAUCUGAUGCUGACGAUCAAGAGGACGAUUUCGACGAAGUGCUACCCGAGGAAGAAUCCCCUGAAGAAGAUGAAGAAGCUGAAGAAGAGGAUGAUGUUGAGGAUGAGAACUGGGCAUCUCGGGCACGAACCACAGGAAGUAGGGGCAGGGGCAGAGGUCGCGGACGGGGCCGAGGACGGGGCCGAGGUAGAUCUGCGAUUAGGGGCAGGGGCGGUUCCCGUGGUUCUACACUCACAGGUGAUGGGGAUCGAGAGGUCGGGAGGAAAAGAGGCAAAGAGAAAGGAAGACGGGGCCCUCGAGCGAUUGCGGACCCUGGACCAGAAUUCAAAGAUUUACAGAGACGGGCAAACGAUGCGUAUCUAUCCAAAGAUUACGAGGAAGCAAUCAAGUGUGUGAACAAAGCGAUUCAAUUGAACCCCGAGAUCUUUGCUGCUCACAGCCUACUCGCCGAAAUCUACCAUGAUAUGGGCAAUGGGCAAAAAGAACUUGAAGCGCUAAUCGUGGGUGCACCAACGAAACGAGACAAAGAUUUAUGGCUUCACAUUAUCGAUCGUAUCAAGGCGAUUGACCCAGAGGAGUACCCAAAAUACGAUACUGUCACCAAAACAGCACUAGUGCUCGAGUGUCUACGACAAAUUAUUCUCCUCGAUACAGAUAAUUACGACGCACGUCAACAGAAACUAGAAAUUGAGGCUCAGCUGAACCAUGUUUCCAGGGCCGUAAAGCUCUGCCGAAAGAUGCUUACCAUGCGUCCAUCUGACGAUGAAGUUUUGAAGAUGAUGGCUAGCUUGGGCACCUCAUCCGCGAAACAAACGCGAAUUCACCUACAAAGGAUCAUCACAACGUUUGAAACCUCUAUUGCGUAUUUUUUGUCUCACGACGAGCCACAUUCUAGUAAUAUGGAUUGGUCAUUGCUCAAUGUUUAUUUGGAUUUACUGGAUAAAUCUGGCGCGUUCGAUCGUGGCUUAGCGCGAUCGAAAACGUUAUCCCGAUGGAUCCAAGGUAGAGAAUCUGAGACGUAUUGGGAUGACCAGUUGGAUGAUCGAGAGUUUGACCUUGGGGACACCCCGAGACGCGUUGCUGUUGCCGCCUUCACUAGCUCGUCUGCUACUGGCAGGUACGGCGACACACUGCCGUUAGAGAUAAGAGUAAAAAUGGGGUUGUUCCGGUUGAAGCGUGAUCCGCCUGAUUUAUCGGAGGCGUUGCAUCACUUCCGAAUGCUUGAACCUGAUGAUAAUGGACCACACUCCUUUCUAUUCGACUAUCCCGACCUUUUCCGCGACGUUGCGGGAGCACUUCAUGCAUCUGGACACGAUAACCAGGCUCUGCAAUUCUAUGAGCCUGUCUAUGAUAAAUUAUUCGAGGAAAUGAGGCUGAAGGAUUUCAUUGGAAUGUAUAGCUCCUACAGGAACCUGCAACUGGUCGAUAGAUCAGAUGAAAUGUUACCGAUUUUCGACAACUGGAGGCCCGAUUCGCUUGAGGAACUGGCUGUGCUAGCGAAGUUCUUCGAGGACAAUGACAUGGACGAUGCUGCAUUCAGACGAGCCGAGACUGUAUACAAGAGCGGUGGUGCCCAUUUACUUCGAAGGAUCGGGUUUGAGGGUCUACCAGAUCUCCAGGAGUACCUUUUCCAGGAGAGAAAGAAAGCCCGAGGGAAGCAUGGUACAAGGAGAACCCGAGUUACAAAGCAUUUGCGCCACCUGAAGAUUGCCACGAAAGAUAUAGAUGAGUCAGAAGAUGAGCAUGUCGACCAAAUACCUUCCUUGGGGCCAAUGACACAACGGCCGGACACCGGCUUGUUCCGCGUGAAGAAUCGGAUGCCAGGACGUCAUCUGAAAGCGUUUCUACCAGAUGAAAUUCCCGGCACAGGUGUACCUAAUGAUGCUAUUAACCAUCGGCUUUUCAGACGAAAACUAAACAACCUAGCUAGCGAGUUUCCGGAGGAGCUGAAGGCAACAAGAGCGCAACAUAGAGACAUCGUCGCCAGCUUUGAACGACUGAAAGUCCUCUCGAGCGAGGCAGAGCGUGGGUCAGAGGAAGCAGUAAAUGAGUAUAUUUCUGUCGCUCGCGAACUCAUCGAGGAAUUUUCCACGUUUGACUUAUUCUACUACGAUAAAAAACAUGAGUUCACAGGGUAUUUUCGACCAAAGAUUGACGGAGACAUAUGGAAGGAUUCUGCGCUAAUGGUGCUUGCUGUGAUUGCAAACAAGGUGGAAGACGGGGAAGAGGAGCCCGAAAUCACACAAAAGCCAGAUCGUACGCCAGAGCAUUUCUAUGGUGUCCAUUUUGACACCUGGUUCGAAACUUUCGCCCAGUACGCUGUUCUUAUGGCCCAAAGGGGCGACGAACAUCGAUGCUACAGUACUAUCGAGUUAGCGAGUCAGUCCAAUGUGUUUACUCGAAAGAUUUACCAGCACCGGCUCCACGUUUGCCAACUUGCCUGUGCCCUUUUCCUCCAAGACUCGUUGAAGGCAUGCUCCGCAACCCGCUGGCUCAUGCGUGCAUAUCCCUUUAGUACCGAUCUCUUCAGGAUCUACGGUAGCGUCAACCGUAUGUGUUCUGCUCCAGAAGGAUUUUCCACCGGCGCAUCACUCAAAUUCUUCAUGCGAUACGUUAAGACCAUGGACUAUGCGAUACUUGAUCCUGAACAACGAACGACCUUCAACUUUCGAGGUGGCGACCAUGCCAACAACACGAAAAACACAGUGUCUUCUGAAUUCGUUGAUUUUGCGAAAGACCACGACCCGGCCUUAUUUGCACUGUACGGACAUGUCCUCACGUGCGGAGGUGGCUACUUAGCUGCCCUUAAUUGCUACUUUCGGGCAUAUGCUCUUACUCCAGAAGAUCCACUGCUCAACCUAUCCAUUGGCGUCGCGUACAUUCAGCACGCGAUGAAACGGUUGUCGGAGAAUCGGCAAUUUCAGAUCCAACAAGGUCUCUCAUUCGUCUACAAGUAUUAUGAAUUACGCACCAAAAGCACAAAUAGAAAGCACUACUCGGAAGCGGCUUUCAAUGUUGGCAGAGUUUGGCAUAGCCUAGGACUUAUAACCCAAGCGCUACAAUACUACAAGUUGUGUAUUGAGUCUAACAUUGGCAGCCAGGAGACGGGAAUUGUAUCAGACGAAUAUGCACAGCCCAAGCAGAGAACAGAUGAUUUUACUGCAGAGGCAGCGUUUGCCAUUCAAACCAUCUAUUCAUUGAGUGGCAACUUUGCUGCAGCAAAGGAAGUCACAGAGCGCACACUAGUCAUUGAGUGAAGCCUCACCGUUGGUUCAGCUGAUAAAUGGCCCAUCCACACCUGACACCUCGCGAUGGUCAUCCAGUUACUCAAUUCAAU